CUCCCCCACCGCUCCGCCCCCAUCCCGUCCGGCCCCCUCCCCCGCUUUCCCUUUCCCCUUUCCCCUCCCCCUCCAGCGCGCGCGAGAGAGCUGGGCUGAGCUACUCGGUUGGCUGAGCUGAGCUGCGCUGCUUUGGUGGUGUGGGAGCGGUCGGGCGGCGCGUAGCCAGGAGGAGGAGGAGGAGGAGGAGGGCGAUCGAUCUGGAGCUAGCGGUCCCGGACGCGGCGGCCGGCGGCGACGGCAUGGGGCGCGGCCGGGUCGAGCUCAAGCGGAUCGAGAACAAGAUCAACCGCCAGGUCACCUUCGCCAAGCGCCGCAACGGCCUGCUCAAGAAGGCCUACGAGCUCUCCGUCCUCUGCGAUGCCGAGGUCGCGCUCAUCAUCUUCUCCAACCGCGGCAAGCUCUACGAGUUCUGCAGCGGCCAGAGCAUGCCCAAAACACUUGAGAGAUACCAGAAAUGCAGUUAUGGUGGGCCAGAUACAGCAAUACAAAAUAAGGAGAAUGAGUUAGUGCAGAGCAGUCGAAACGAGUACCUCAAACUGAAAGCACGAGUGGAGAAUUUGCAGAGAACCCAACGAAAUUUGCUUGGUGAAGAUCUCGGGUCACUCGGCAUCAAAGAUCUGGAGCAGCUCGAAAAGCAACUUGAUUCAUCCUUAAGGCACAUAAGAUCCACAAGGACACAGCAUAUGCUUGACCAGCUCACUGAUCUCCAAAGGAAGGAACAAAUGCUGUGUGAAGCGAAUAAGUGCCUUCGAAGAAAACUGGAGGAGAGCAGCCAGCAGAUGCAGGGCCAAAUGUGGGAGCAGCACGCCGCCAACUUGCUCGGCUACGACCAGCUGCGACAGUCCCCGCAUCAGCAGCAGGCGCCACACCACGGCGGCAACGGCUUCUUUCACCCCCUGGACCCAACCACUGAGCCUACACUUCAGAUAGGGUAUACUCAGGAGCAGAUAAACAACGCAUGCGUGGCGGCGUCGUUCAUGCCGACAUGGCUGCCCUGAAGAUCGACGAUCCAACCAGCUAAUAAAUGUGCGACGGUGCUUGCACAGCCGUCGCAUUCUACCUACGUACCUACGUAUAUUCCGGGGCCGGGAGCGACUACUAUCGCGUUCGCGUACGUCCCAUAGUUUGUUCUGUGUCUCUGUUGUGUCCUUGUGUGAAAAACUUUUGUGAUCGACAAUGAUCGACGUCUAUGUCAAGACUGUCUGGUACAAAGGGCCGUCCGUACGUCGCCGUUACCAUAGGCUGGCUAGCUGCAGCAUAAAAAGACGUAUAGUGCAGUGCCUGUACGUUUCAUAAUUUCCAGUCCAGCUACAUGUAGCUGUAUGAUGUUGUGAUAUUAUCAACUGAGUGUGCUAUAUAUAAAUGCAAAAUAUGCAAUUGCAUUAUUGAA